GCGCAGAAGCACGCAGUUGAAGGUGUGGGCAUGGCUGCCAAGAGGGGCAAAUCCGGCGUUCCACAGAGCGUGGCCAGGAGCGAGCUGAAGGUGUACCGCGUGGGCAGCACAGAGGGGCGCAUACCCGUGCCAUCCAACCUCCGCAAGCAAAGAUCCCUCACCAACCUGGCCGUGCUGACAGACGCCGAGAAGAAGAUGCAGCUCUACGAGCCAAAAUGGUGCGACGACAUGAGCAGGGUCGCCACGGGCCACCUGAAACCCAAAGCGGCCGGUGUCGGAGGGGCAGGCGGUACCCAGCUCUCCAGAAACCUCUCCAAAUCAGACCACUCCCUGUUCAAGCCCAAGACCUUUGCCCCACUGGCGCCACCAGGAAAGAGCCAAAGUCGGAUCCCGCGAGGUCCUUACGUGGAAGUGAAACCUCUGAGCAAGACAUCGGACGACUGUAAAUCUGACGACGAUAUUCUGUCCAGCAAGGCCAAAGUGGGCGGUAAGAAGGCGGCUGCAUGUUCUGGAGACCCCGAGGCCAAAGGUCAAGGUGAGGAGGGUGGAGAUAAACCUUUCCUCAAGGUGGACCCGGAGUUAGUCGUCACCGUUCUUGGAGACUUGGAGCAGUUGCUCUUCAGUCAAAUGCUCGAUCCAGAAUCACAAAGGAAGCGGACGGUUCAGAAUGUUCUGGAUCUGCGACAGAAUCUUGAGGAAACCAUGUCCAGCCUGCGAGGGACUCAACUGAGUCAGAGCUGUCUGGACAGCAGCGUGUGCUACGACAGCGAUGAAACCAACGCUCGCAGCAUCUCCAGCCUCUCUAACCGCUCAUCUCCUCUGUCCUGGCGUCAUGGUCAGUCCAGUCCACGUCUGCAGGCCGGCGACGCCCCUUCAUCCACCGGCAGCAGUUACCUGGGCACCAAGUCCUCGUCUCAGUUCACGUCUCACACGAUGCCCGCGCGCUGCACCGGACGCCUCGCCAGCUCAUCCCGCAGCGACUUCAUGGACGGUCUGGACACCGGAGAGCGUGACCUGAAGUGUGGCUAUCUGAGCGACUCUGACCUGCUUUGCAAAAGCUUGCAUGAUGAUGACGAUGAUGAUAAUCUGGCCAAUGGUUGGGAUGAGAGCAGCUCCAUCAGUAGUGGAUUAAGCGAUGGCUCUGAUAAUCUCAGCUCAGAAGAUCUGAACGCCAGCUCCUCGCUCAACUCUCUCCCCACGACACCCAUCGGCUCCAGACGUAACUCUUCAGUCAUGCUGCGCACGGAUGCUGAGAAACGUUCUCUGGUGGAGAGCGGUCUGGCGUGGUACAGCGAGGACAGUAAGUCCUUACUGAAGACCGAUGGAGUUUAUGACACAGGCAGUCUGAAAACAGAGACCCCCAGCAAAUGGAGGAAGACUCGGCCAAUGGAUGUUUCCACGCAAGAGAAAUCGUCCAGAUGUGACGUGAAGAGACUUCAGAGCAUCGGACAGCCGGGGGGCUUCAAAAAGAGCCGUAAUCCCCCUGUGGGCGUCACGUCACCCAUCACACACACAUCACAGAGCGUGCUGAAAGUAGCAGUCCCUAAAGGAGAUUCCAGGGCUGUUGAUAAGGUGAAAAUGACUGUGAAAGCAACAGGUCUACAGCGUUCCCGCUCAGACGCCGGCCGUGACAACGCCGAGCACCGUAAGCCUCCUUCAGGUCUGGUGAAACCCUCCGCCAUCGGCUCCUUCGGUUACAAGAAACCACCGACCACCGGCACUGCAACAGUUCUGACAGCAGGGGGCACCAGAAUCACCAGCGGCUCGGCCACUGUGGGGAAAACCCCAAAGUCCUCGGGCAUCCCCAUCAAACCCAUGCCCGGCACAGGCAGCCGUAAAAACAGCUUUGACGCCAGCAGUUCUGAACAGGGUUUCCUCACGGCCAACGCCCGCGGUAGCAUUCAGUACCGUAGCCUGCCACGACCCGCCAAAUCCAGCGCUAUGAGCCUCACCGGACGACCUUCAUCUCGCCCUGUCAGCGGCAGCAUCGAAGCCAGUCUCCUCACCCUCAAACCCGUACCGCCCCUACCCAACACUAUGCCCAGCAGAGGAAAGGAGGGCAGCUUGAAGAUGGCCGGUCGAGCAUGUUUUACAGGGCCUGUUAACCAGACGGACCGUGAGAAAGAGAAGGAGAGAGCUAAAGCUAAAGCAGAUCUUGAGAUCAGCUGUCUGAAGGCCGAGAACCAGAUCGACCGCUGCGGAGACGAUGUUGAGAAGAUCCGUCGGUUGAGGAGAACAAGCACGAGUAAAUAUCCAGAACUGAGCUCUCCGACCGGCACACCAAGGUUAUUCAGUAGCAAGUCUCUGGUUCACCCGCCGAGCCUCACUCACCUCGACAAGGUCAACUGCAACAGUCUGGACUCUUGCAUCACCAUUCAAGACCUUCCUCCCAAGAUUCCUCCCUACUCGAAACUCCAGGACCUGGCCUGUUCCCGCGUGCCCCCGCGUCUCUCCCCGAGCCCGGCCCCGGUGCUUCACAUCGAUUCCUCAAGAUGUUUCUCUGGCCAGGCGUUGUCUGUGAGCAGCUCGCCCAUCCUCUACCCCAAGAUGUCCGGCCAACAUCGCAGCAUGGAGUCGCUACCGCUGCACAUGAGCGUGCCCGUUAAAACGGAUGUGAGCAAGCGGGAGGACAACAGGGGUACUGGGACUUGGGGUGCUGGCAGUAGGACGUCCAUCACGCUGGGUGACAGUUUAGAAAGUGAUAGGAACACGUUACCCAAGAACGGACUGAGUCGCUACGGCAGUGGCCAAUCAGAGGGAGGAGGACGGGAACGACGUCAUUCCCACACGGUCACGAGCAUGACGGACUCAGAUAGUCCACCUCAGCUGCCGUCCCCCACUCGUGGGACGCGACCCUUUCCUGACAAAACUACUAAUGUGGUGGCUCCGAUCACGAAUCCCAUCUCUGGGUCUCAGAUCACACGCUCAAACAGCAUCCCGACCAAUGACCUGAGCAGUGAUCUGUACGGCACAUCUCCUCUGGGCAGCUCUCUCUCUCUGGCCGAGAGACCUAAGAGUAUGAUGAGGUCUGGAUCAUUCAGAGAGCCCGCCGAGGACGUUCACGGCUCUGUUCUGUCUCUGGCCUCCAACGCUUCAUCAAACUAUUCUACUGAGGAGAGAAUACAGGGAGAGCAAAUCCGGAUACUGAGACGCGAGCUAGAGUCAUCACAGGAUAAAGUGGCCAAUCUGAGCACACAGCUGUCUGCAAAUGCUAACCUGGUGGCGGCGUUCGAGCAGAGUUUGGCUCUCAUGACUGCACGACUGCAGAGUCUGUCCGUCACGUCUGAACAGAAGGAUUCUGAGCUACAGGACCUGAGGGAAACCAUAGAGACCCUAACCCUGAAGACAAAGAACACAGAGACACAGUGCCUCAUUCAGGGAGCUCUGGAUACCCCCGAGAACACACCCAAAGAGCCUCAGAUGGACCGUCAGAACUCAUCUGAGAGUAUCUCCAGUCUCAACAGCAUCACCAGUCACUCCAGUGCCGGCAGUCUGAAAGAACAAGAGGCCAAGAAGAAGAAGAAGAAGAGCUGGGUGUAUGAGUUGAGAAGCUCCUUCAACAAGGCCUUCAGUAAAAAGGGCUCCAAAGCAUCAUACGCUGACAUCGAGGAGAUCGCCACGCCCACCUGCUCCGCCCCUUCUUCACCCAAAAUCCAUCAUGAUGGGAAUAACGCCCCUGAGAAAACCUCCACAACAGGGUCAUGUGAGGAGCGUGACGGCACAGAAGAGAAAGAGGUGUCAGAGUUACGCUCGGAACUGUGGGAGAAAGAACGCAAGCUGACGGACAUUCGUCUGGAGGCUCUUAGCUCCGCCCACCAGCUGGAGCAGCUACAGGAAGCCAUGACGCACAUGCAGAUGACUGUGGAGAAUCUGAAGGCGGAGAAUGACCAUCUGAAGACCGGAGGCCCCUCCUCCCGACCCCCGAGCUCCACCUCUCAGUCCUCAGGUUUGGGUUCACUGGGUGUUACAUCACCGCGCCAGUCUGUGUCUUCUGUCAGUAAAACUUUGGCUGCGGGACAGAAUGAACUUUACCCAGAUGUCUUUCAAAGCCCCACCACGACUCUGCAGAAGGAUGAGAGUCUGGUCAAAGUGAUGGUGCGAAUACCAAACCAGCACAUCUUUAAAGAUGAAGUCAAGCAGGUGGAGUUUUUCAUCGGAACUGUUAAACUCAGUGGACGUACAGACUGGUUUGCUCUGGACUCUGCUGUUUGUCUGGCUUUCAAAGAGUAUUUGCGUGUGGUGGACCCCAGCUCCAGUCUGGGUCUGUCUCAGGACUCGAUGUACAGUUACAGUCUGAUUCAUCUCAAGAGGGUGUUAGGAGCUCAAGCACCUGAGACUCCACCCGUCCGUCUCUACACUAAAGGAUCCUCCUGCAUCACUCUGGCGCUGAAAGGGCUGAAGGAGAAGUGUGUGGAUGUUCUGGUGUUUGAGACGCUGAUCCCCAAACCCAUGAUGCAACACUACAUCAGUCUGUUACUGAAACACCGACGCUUGAUCUUAUCCGGUCCCAGCGGCACAGGGAAGACCUACCUCACCUACCGCCUCGCCGAAUACCUGGUGGAGCGCAGCGCUCGAGAGAUCACGCCUGCCAUCGCCGUCACCUUCAACAUGCACCGCCAGUCCUGCAAGGACCUUCAGCUUUACCUGUCCAAUCUGGCCAAUCAGCUCGACCGCGAGAGCAGCCCUGCUGAAAUCCCAUUGGUUGUCAUCUUGGAUGAUGUCAGCGACCCGGCGUCCAUCAGUGAACUUGUCAACGGUGCUUUAACCUGUAAAUAUCAUAAAUGUCCGUAUAUAAUAGGAACAACAAAUCAGCCAGUAAAAAUGACCCCAAACCACGGCCUGCAUCUCAGCUUCAGAAUGGUGACGUUUUCUAAUAACGUGGAGCCAGCCAACGGGUUCCUGGUGCGUUACCUGCACAGAAAACUGAUGGAGGCAGAAGAUCCCAAAAGUGUGACCAAUGAAGAUCUGCUGCAGAAUCUAGACUGGGUUCCCAGACUCUGGUAUCAUCUGCACACCUUCCUGGAGAAGCACAGCACCUCCGAUUUUCUCAUUGGUCCCUGCUUCUUCCUCUCGUGUCCGGUCACGGUUGAGGACUUUCGCACAUGGUUUAUCGAUCUUUGGAACCUUUCCAUCAUUCCAUACCUGCAGGAGGGAGCCAAAGACGGCAUUAAAGUUCAUGGUCAGAAGUCAGUGUGGGAAGAUCCAGUGGAGUGGGUCCGAGGGUCUCUGCCGUGGCCGUCUGCUCAACAGGAUCAAGCUAAACUGUGUCACCUGCCUCCCCCGAGCACAGGACCCGGCAGUCCCGGUCAGACCGGAGACGAUCGAGCGCGUAAAGAGACGCCGCCCACCUCUGUAGAGUCAGAUCCACUGAUGGCCAUGCUGUUAAAACUGCAAGAGUCGGCAAAUUACAUCGAGUCACCAGAGAAAGAGACCGUCCCCAAACUCCCCUCGCUGUAAACACCCCCUCUGACCCCCGUCACACACCUGAGGAAGACUCUGUACUGUUACAAUACAUCCAUCAUGUGAAUCAUCCAAUCACAGAGCCACACUGAUACACUAUACCUUCAUAUAUGAGCGUUGUCAUCUUUGAUAAGAAUAUUCCUAUAGCAUGAUACUUUAAAUGAUACCAUGGUAAUAUCAUGGUACUGCCCAUAAAAACAUGGUAUUGACAAGAUUUUUUUAUGUUAAUACCAUGUUAUUUUCUGUAAGGGGUUAAAAAAACUAAAUGUUAGGUAUCGUUGGAAUCAUCAUUUUGUCAUUUGAAGUAAAUCCUUCUUUAAAAAAAGGAAAAUAUGACGGAUAAAGGUCAUGAUAGCUCUUCUGUCCGCAUAUACACAGUACAGUAUGUGUUUACAAACACUUCAGUUUUACUAUAGUAAACGUGUGUAUGUGUGGUGUUCCAGGAGCCUUUACUGUUCCACUGCUGCCCAUAUUAACAACUCAAGGAAUCUGGUGCUAAACUUCAUCAAACAUCAUCAGACAGUCAAAGAGUCAAAGAGUCGAGAGCAACAGUAAACAUGACACAUCUCUUUACUGCUCUUCUGAACCUUUGCUUUCUGUGUUCCUGAGGUCCUAACUUUAUACUUGUGCUGACUUUCAGAAAUACUUGAGAAAGUUUAUGUUAAAAGUGAAUAACAAAAUCAGCAAAAAUGAGCUUAAGCCAAAAGUAGUGAAACUGCACAUCCACAUUCACUUUGACACAUGAUUUGCGUAUUUAAAAACUCAGUAAAUGCCUUAUACAAGAGCAGUGUCAUGUUUUGCUCUGUAGGGGGUGCUGUUCUCAAACUCAAGCCCUCUAUUCCCACUCGAAUCUGCAUCUGAGAUCCCAAACACAACCAUCUGUGAAUGAUUCCACACCACACAGAUUCUGAGCACUUUUAUCUGAGCGUGAUGCUGCUGUAGAGACGCUUUAUUGGGUUUGAAACUGAUCUCAGCUCAGGGCUUUGGUCAUCUCAGGCCUCUAAACACAUUCAAUAGAGCUGCUGCCUCAGUUUAAUGCUCUCUCUCUUUCUCUCUCUUUCUCUCUCUCUCUCUUUCUCCCUCUCUCUCUCUCUCUCUCUCUCUUUCUCUCUCUCUCUUUUUCUCCCUCUCUCUCUCUCUCUCUCUUUCUCUCUCUCUCUCUCUCUCUUUCUCCCUCUCUCUCUCUUUCUCCCUCUCUCUCUCUUUCUCUCUCUCUUUCUCCCUCUCUUUCUCCCUCUCUCUCUCUCUCUCUCUUUCUCCCUCUCUUUCUCUCUCUCUCUCUCUCUCUCUCUCUCUCUAGCAAAUGGUGCAAAUAGAGCUUCUUCAGUGACAUCUAUAUACUCAGUGCAUUUUUCAAUAUGAAGAGUAUGAGAGAUGCUGGAGGAUGAAGAUAAUUUUUGAAUGUUUGGUGCUUUCUGAUCUCACUAUAGGAAAACAUCUCGAUCUCACUUGACAUCCAAUAGCCUUACAGAUCUGUUGCAUUUAAGAGCUUCUCAGUAAUGAUGCCGUUUUUUUUUUUUCAUUUCUAGCGGUAGUGAUAGAAUUGUAAGAAUCAAGUUGACUGAUAGAUGUGUACGGUUCACUCACUCUGAUGCAUCUAUUGAAACAUUGAAGAGAGGAGUUGAACUGGUGUAAACAUAUCAAACCUUUGUCUCCAUCACAGACAUGUUUGCUCCCAGUAUAAGCAGUGGACCAGUAACUGCCCAUGUUUAUAGCUGAAAAUACUGUCAAAAACAUGCAUGUAGGUCUGAAGUGAAAUAUGAACUCCAAUCCUUCAUCUCACAAGAAUCAUCUCUGAUAUAUACAGAUGAGUUUUAUAAAGGGUCCAAAUGUCUUCAGCAGAGUUUAUAAGCUAAAUAGAAACACAUGAUGCAUAAGAUUUCUUUUUGCUUUCUUCUCGCUGCUUCUUUGUGAGAAUGAUGUUUGCUGACAUUAGACAUUUGUGACGUUGGCUUUUGUCAUCAAAGCUUCAUUUGGUUUACAGUCAAACGUGUCACUUCACAACAUCGAUUUCAUAUGGUUUUCAUCAGGUGUGUUUUAAAGAAGUUUAUGUGUGCGACUGAAGCCGUUGUUCACUGUCUGCAUUAUGGUGCCUGUGAAAGCUGUGAUAGCUGUGCUGUAUUGUGCUUUAAAUCUCCACAAUUCAGAAACUGUUUACUGUUUGAUUUGUUGGUCUGAAAUGACAGAACCCGGACAGUGAAUGUUAAAACAUUAGAUUUUAGUUGAAUGAAGUCUUUUCUACACUUGACACGUCUGUGUGAAUCUGUUGCGAUGUUGUUUGUUUUUGUAGAAUAUAGCAUUGCUGUUUGCAACAAUUCAUUGUAUCUUUAAGUGUGGAGUUCACUGGAAACAGAUGAUCUCGUGCAGGAUUUUAUGUCUUUCUGGUGAUGUUUAUGUUAAAGCGUUUGGAUAUCUCAUUGGUUCCCAUGGCUUUAGUUUGAAAUGUUGACAUGUUUUCUGUGAAGCGAUGGAGAAAAUGUACGGCAGAGAUCACACACAACAUGGUGAGAAGUUUCUGAACUGUCUCUACUUCACUUGAAAUGCUUGACAUCUAUUCAGAAGUUACAGUUUCAUGAUGAAAGAUGAUGUUACAGGGUUUAUAAAUGUAGUAAGCGCAUGUCACCCCUGUUGAAGCAGAUUUACAGACGUGUUCUAACUAGUAUGAAAAGAAUGACUGAUGUUACUUUGUACUAAUUUCCCCGCGAGUGAUGGUUUGUAAAGCAUAAGUUCCAUUUGUACAGAAUGUUAUAAAUGUAUACAUUGUAAAUAGCGUGGCCCUACAUUUGCAACAACAAUCAUUGAAGAAGAAUACAAAGUCAUGUAGAGAUUUGGUUUGUAAGGGAGAAUUUGCUUUGGUUUGUGAUGGAGUGACCCGGUCCACAUGAGAACAUCACCACCAGACGUCAUAAUAAUAAACCACAACCUUCAAACGUG